CUUCAAACUUCAAAGCUCAUUUCUUUAAUUUUUUAUUAUGAUCCUUCUUCUUACCAACCUAUUGCAACUUCAACUUUAACAUCACAAUCUUCAAAAUACACUAUAAAUCUUUCACUUUCAACUCAGUUACUUGCACAUAAUAUAUACUUUAAUCACUUACUUUCCCUCAUAUUUUUUCAUCGUAUUCAUACAUAAUCUUACUAUAUCUACGUAUAAAGAAGGUUUUUUUUUUCUCGGAGCUGGGGGACUCAACUGGGAGCUCAUAAUCAUGAAGAAAGGGAGCUUAAGCUCCGGUCUCAAACUCACUGUUCCUGCAUCUGAUUGGGGUUCAUUUACCAAGUUUUUGUCUGAGUCUGAAAAUGAAACGUUCAAGGCAGGGGACUUGCUUGUCGACAAGGAAGGUGUUCGAGUUGUUUCUGAGAAGGAAGUGGAAGCUCCACCACCAAUCACGCCACUAGACAACCAGUUGAAUCUGGCAGAUAUUGAUACAAUCAAAGUGAUUGGAAAAGGAAAUGGAGGGAUAGUGCAAUUGGUGCAACACAAAUGGACUAAUCAAUUUUUUGCAUUGAAGGAAAUUCAUAUGAAUAUUGAGGAGCCUAUUCACAGGCAGAUAGCACUUGAGCUAAAAAUUAAUCAAUCAGCACAAUGUCCUUAUGUUGUUGUCUGCUACCAGUCAUUCUACCAUAAUGGUGUCAUAUCAAUCAUAUUAGAGUACAUGGACGGAGGGUCCUUAGAAGAUCUUCUGAACAAAGUUAAAAAAAUUCCAGAGUCAUAUCUUGCUGCCAUCUGCAAGCAGGUGCUGAAGGGUUUAAUGUAUCUUCACCAUGAAAAAUACAUUAUCCAUAGGGACUUAAAACCUUCUAAUCUGCUAAUAAAUCAUAGAGGGGAGGUAAAGAUUACUGACUUUGGUGUAAGCAUAGUCAUGGAAAAUACAUCUGGUCAAGCAAAUACUUUCAUUGGCACACACAGCUAUAUGUCUCCAGAGAGAAUCACUACUGACCAGAGUGGCUACGACUACAAAAGUGACAUAUGGAGCUUGGGACUGAUUUUGCUCAAGUGUGCCACGGGGCAGUUUCCAUAUACACCACCAGAUCAACUUGAAGGAUGGGAAAAUAUUUUCCAGCUUAUUGAAGUCAUUGUUGAAAAACCUUCCCCCACUGCUCCACCAGAAGAUUUUUCUCCAGAAUUUUGCUCAUUUAUCUCAGCAUGUUUGCAGAAAAAUCCAAGAGAUAGACCGUCUGCUCGUGACCUUAUAAACCAUCCUUUUAUCAAAUUGUAUGAGGAGGACUUGAAUGUGGAUCUUUCAACUUAUUUCUACAACGCAGGAUCUACACUUGCAACCAUAUAGAACAUGGUAUGUUUCCGUCCUGGACUUUAUUCAAAGAUAUUAUUACCUAAACUGCAAGUAAACGUGGAAUGUGCUGGUUUGCUUCCAAGUUUCCAAGUCUCCAUAGUAAAUAUAUGAGGCCCUUUCACAUAAACACACAGUUCUGAGCAGUGAACG